AUGAAUAUUGAUGCUAUCUGUAAAUUCACUUCCACAGGAUAUGGCUCCACCAUAAGAUGUUCAAACAAUCAGACACUGUCCAGUGACAUAGAUGGAACGUCAUGCAGGUUUCUUGGAAUACUGCAUUCUGAAACCACGAAUCUACAGAUGUUUGAAAAGCACUUGAAGUCUCUAGUUGCUGCAUUUCUUAGUGGAUACAACGCAUGUAUAUUAUGCUAUGGAGAAGCAACUCGGGGCUGA